GCGAAUUGGGAGGAUUCUGUCUCGCCGCCUGCCUCGGUUAUUUCGAAGGGCCUGAAGAAGUGGACUGUUGCCGGGCGCGCCUUCUCGCCGCCGGCCCUUCACGGCGGAGGCUGAGCCCCGUCCGCUGUUGUUGUCAUGUGGAAGGCGAAGAUUCUGUUGCUGGAUAUGUCUUUUCAUCUGGUUUGGUAAUGCGUCAGAAGAAUUGCUUCAAACUAUAAUGGAUUUUAAGUGGUACUGUCAAGAAAAUAGGCUUUAUAAUAAAGUUUAUGUCUGACAAGUGGUGCAGCUUACUACACACAACAAUGACAACCUCUCAUAUGAAUGGACAUGUAACAGAAGAUUCUGACAGUGAAACAAAAAAUGUGGAUCUUGCACCUCUGGAGGAGACUCAGAAGCACAGAGAGAUGGCUGUUGAUUGCCCUAGCGAUCUGGGAACUAGGAUGAUGCCACUACGGCGGAGUGCUCAACUUGAGCGGAUUCGGCAACAGCAAGAGGACCUGAGGCGAAGACGGGAAGAGGAGGGAAAGAAACAGGAGCUGGACCUGAAUUCUUCUAUACGUCUGAAGAAGCUAGCUCAGAUCCCUCCCAAAACUGGAAUAGACAACCCUAUGUUUGAAACAGGAGAAGGAGUUAUUCUGGAGAGCCCACAUUGCGCUGUGAAAAUCCUAGAAGUUGAUGAGCUGCUGUCUUCUCUUAAGCAUGUCCAGCACACUUUGGUAGAUCCUCAAAGUCAAGAGGAAGUUGCUCUAAUUUUACAGCUUGUGCAAAACACUGACUUUCAAAAUGCUUUUAAGAUACAUAAUGCUGUUACCGUGCAUAUGAACAAAGCAAGUCCUCCAUAUCCUCUUAUCUCCAAUGCACAAGAGCUUGCACAAGAGGUACAGAAUGUUUUGAAACCAAGCCAUCAGAAAGAUGGAGUAGAGCUUAAUUCUUUAUUAAAUGCACCUCAUAUUCAGGCAUUGCUUUUGGCUCAUGAUAAAGUUGCUGAGCAGGAAAUGCAACCAGAGCCAGUGACAGAUGAAAAGAUUUAUGAGAAUGUUGGUUUGUAUGGAGGAGAGACAGUUAAAAUAGUUCGCAUUGAGAAGGCUAGAGAUAUUCCAUUGGGUGCUACAGUACGCAAUGAAAUGGAUUCAGUCAUCAUUAGUCGAAUAGUAAAGGGAGGUGCUGCAGAAAAGAGUGGCCUAUUGCAUGAAGGUGAUGAAGUUCUGGAAAUUAAUGGAAUCGAAAUUCGUGGAAAAGAUGUUAAUGAGGUUUUUGAUUUACUGGCGGACAUGCAUGGCACUCUGACAUUUGUGCUGAUUCCCAGUCAACAGAACAAACCACCACCUACCAAGGAGACUGUGAUUCACGUGAAAGCUCACUUUGAUUAUGAUCCAUCUGAUGACCCCUAUGUCCCUUGCAGAGAGCUAGGGCUAUCCUUUCAAAAGGGGGAUAUACUUCAUGUGAUCAGCCAAGAAGAUCCAAACUGGUGGCAGGCCUACCGAGAUGGAGAUGAAGAAAAUCAGCCUUUGGCGGGCCUUAUUCCAGGAAAAAGUUUUCAGCAGCAAAGAGAAGCUAUGAAGCAAACUAUAGAGGAAGACAAAGAGCCAGAAAAAUCAGGGAAACUUUGGUGUGCGAAGAAAAACAAAAAAAAGCGGAAGAAAGUUUUGUAUAAUGCCAAUAAAAAUGAUGAUUAUGACAACGAGGAGAUCCUGACUUAUGAGGAAAUGUCACUUUAUCACCAACCAGCAAAUAGGAAAAGACCCAUUGUCCUGAUUGGUCCACAGAACUGUGGUCAAAAUGAACUGCGGCAAAGGCUAAUGAACAAUGAAGUUGACCGGUUUGCUUCUGCAGUUCCUCAUACAACACGAAAUAGGAGAGACAAUGAAAUAGCUGGCAGAGAUUACCAUUUUGUAUCACGACAAGUAUUUGAGACUGACAUAGCAGCAGGAAAGUUCAUUGAGCAUGGCGAAUUUGAGAAGAAUCUGUAUGGUACCAGCACAGACUCUGUCCGGCAAGUGAUCAAUUCUGGAAAGAUAUGUCUCUUAAAUCUUCAUACACAGUCAUUGAAGAGCCUACGCAAUUCAGACUUGAAACCAUAUAUUAUCUUCAUUGCACCACCUUCACAAGAGCGGCUUCGUGCAUUACUGGCCAAAGAGGGCAAAAAUCCAAAGCCAGAAGAACUACGAGAUAUCAUAGAGAAAACCAGAGAGAUGGAACAAAACAAUGGCCAUUACUUUGAUACAGCAAUUGUGAAUUCUGAUAUCGAUAAAGCAUAUCAAGAAUUACUUCGUUUAAUUAACAAACUUGAUACAGAACCUCAGUGGGUUCCAUCCUCCUGGCUACGGUGAAAGAGAUCACGUCCAAGGGAGAUAAGAACUCUGACAGUAGAAGACUGCUCAUCCUAGAUAUUAGAUGACAGGUUAAGCUCUGUGUGCACUGAUGAUCAGUGUACUACAUUUUUAAAAAUAACAUGCAGUCUGAGACAAUUCUACUGUGAUUUAGAAUGUCUGGGUUUUCCUUACCUUUUUAUCAGACAUGGGCAUUCUGAACAAGCCACUACAUUUUUAAUAAUUCAAAUAGCCUUUCAACCAGCUGCUUUAAAUUUACCUUUUCUGUCUAGAGUUUUGUUCUUAAAACAAGUAUAUAUAAAUGAUCCCUGAUCAUUAUAAAUAUUGGUUAUUUAACACUGUUAACUUAAUGAUCUUGUGGACAUGAUUGUAGUUUUCAAAAAUACCUUUACAGAAUAUUGGACAAAGGAAUUAAUCUAUAAGGGUAAUGGAGGAAUUAAUCUGCAAGUUCUCUCAACUUUAUAAGGGGCCACUUUGAUCCGGAGUUGCCCUCUUAGGCUUGAAUUUGUUUUUAGUGGUGAAACAUUCCAUUAUCUAAUAGCACUACGAUUUUUGAAAAUGUGUACAAUGUAAAUAUUUCAAACUUUUUUGUCUUUAGUUACUUUGUAAAUCAGAUUGACAGCUUAUUAAAUAACUCUAAGUCCAAUGGAAGGUGAAUUAUAUAUAUAAGUUGAUAUUUAGAUUUGAUAUUUUUAUGGAAUUUGUUUUUCUCUUGGCUACAUCACUCAAUUGGAAGCUCCUGUUAUCCAAUGGAACUGUAGAAGACUUUAGAAGGGAAGCUAUAUUUUUAUGAAAAUAGGCAUUCUUAUAUGGAUUUUUUAAAGGUUUUGCUUCCUUACAAUGUAAAAUUGUCUUUUAUAACCAUGAACACAGACUUUGGGAUGGUGAAUAUUAGAGUAUUUUCUUGUAUUUUUAUACCUAGGCACAAGAUGUCUCAUGGCUGUUGGUCAUGUAGGUAGUUAACUGGAGUUAAUAUUAAGUAACCAAGUUAUUGCCCUGGAGUAGUAAGAUAAUGUGAACGUUACUAAAUUAGGAACUUGGCAUGUUCUGUUUUCUAGAACCAUUAUAUCCCUAUGUGCAAUUGAGAUGCCCAUGAAGGUUCAAAUAUUCCAGCUGUUCCAUCUAUGAAGCUUCCAACUGUAGCUGCCUUUUGAAAUGGACUAGUUUUGUUGCUUCUUUGUUGGUGGCACCCUUGAAUGUGAAUAUUAAUAGUUUUUCUUUGUUCUCAAUCAUAGCUUUUAUUUUUAUAUACUGUCAUACACUGGAAUUACUUCAACAUGUAGCUGAAUAUAAUAGUGAAGAAUUAGCUGUCUUUCCAUGUACUUUCAUAUUUUCCCCUAAAAGAUCUAACAAAAAAAUCCAGGCAAGAUUGAUAUUUUUUGUGUUCAUAGUUGGACAUAGUAUAUAUAUUGGCAUAUGGAGAGUGUGGAAAAAGUUACUUAAGAACUGAAAUUCCUCAGUAUUAUGAUCUAUCCUCCACCAUGGGAAAAAAGAGAAUUUGGAAAUACCCAUCAGCUCUCCUUCUAUGCAGAUUAUAUGCAAUGGUCUUAAAAUGUAGCACAUUUAUCAAGAUAUUGUAAAAUCACUCAACAAUGUGCCUCCAUCCAAUAAAGCCUUUGGGUAGGAAAUAGAAAUAAUAUGGAAAAAUCAAUGUGUAUCGUUGUUGAAGCUGACAAAUAAUUAUUUGUUUUAAAUGGUCAACUUUGCCUAUUUUGCAAGGCACAAAGAUGAAUGCUGUGGUGGUCCUUUCUUUGAUUUGAUGUAAUAGGAGUCACCAAAAUUCAGAAUUUUGACCCAUGUGGAUGUAAAGUUUCCCAUUUUUUAACUAAUGGGAUCAGGGAUGGACAGUGAGAUCACAUAGGCCCUUCCUUUAUUAAAUUCAAAUCUGACCCUCACUCCGCUUAGCUAUGAUUUGUUACAUCUAUACUGAUGUUAAUUCUGGCCAUUUGGAGCUGUUUACAAAUCCUAGGUUAUGGGUUGCUCUGGAAAGCACUAACAAUGAUUAAAAUAGGUGCAGAUAUGAAUCAUGGUUAAGAGUGGUAGAAUUUGCACACAAGAAGGAAGGGCUGGCCUGUUCCCACUCCUUCAACCAUGGCUAAAUCAUGGAAAGGGGUUUAUGUCUGCACCAUUAUUCUGUGGAUUAUCCAAAUGUAUUUGUCACCUUCUGUAAGUAGCAUGGUGCUGAUGCCUUUGAGGUCUAAACUUAAAUUACAUGUGGAAAAAUACUUUUAUCAGUACAUUAAACCUAAGUAAAUUCUGAUGCAAUCCAUGAUGAAUGGUAGGACAGUAGAUGAAAUACUGUCAUGCUACACCAGUAUGUUAAAGAGUUAGUGUGGUAAGCAAUAAAAACCCUUUUGCUUUUUCCAUCCCCCUUUUGAAUUUGUGAAAUAAUUGAGAACUUGAGUGGUUAUAGUCUUCUGGAUAGAGAAAUUAUUAGAUAUUGUUAGGUGUGCCACUACUUGCAUCUGUGUAUGCAGUAAGAAUGAUGGUAUAACAAUCCCACUAAGCUCUGGUUAAAGAAAUAUAAUGGUAAUAAACAGUAGUAAUCCACAAAAGGUCUUAACAGGUCUUUCAAAGAUCAGCCAAUAAUAACUGAAUUGAAACUUCUCAGCUACUCUACUCCUGAAGUGUGUAUUUCAGGGAAGGAUGUUCUGCAAUCUUAACCUGCAGAAAAGUAGACAUGUAUUUUUGGAAGAGGGUGAGGGAAUUCAAAACUUUUUCCAAAGCAGACAGUAUUCCAUUUUAUAAAUAGCUUUGCCAUAACUGAGAGCCAUUGUACUGCAUUUUGCUAAGGUAGUUAAAUGGGGGGAAAUGUUCCUUAAUUAAGAUACCCCUGUUGACAAACCAUGAAUCAUGUGUCUUUAAACAUGAGAGAGAGGGAGGGGAUGACUCCAAUAACAUUUAAGGUAACCCUACCUGUAUCUAUAAAUAGCCCCUAUUUGAAGCUUGAUACCAAGUACCUGCACUCUAUUUUGAGAUGUUAUCAAUUGUACAUCAAUGUAAAAAUGUAAAAUUCUAUUUCUAGCCUACAAGUAAAUCACUGUAAAUGUAUUUUUAGCUAAUAUAUUUCGGUUCUUAUUGGCUUAUUACAGGUCAUUGUGCCAGAAAACAAAAGUAUGGAGUUCGAUAAAAGGACUGCAAUGCAGCCUGUAGCCAGAAUUGCCCCAAGUUGUCGGUAUAAAUCUUUGCUGUUAUCCUGGUUGUCAUUGUGUUCCUUCCAAUAUGUGAGUGGACUUCCACUCACACCAUGGGACCUCCCCUGCACCACCACCCAAACUCUGAUCCAGAGUAUUCCCCUCAUCUCUCUGGAGCAGAGUUGGGGGGCAGGGAAAUCUCUUCUGCAAGCAGUGUCCCUACUUCUGAUCACAGUUGGAUACAACCUAUUGUCAGAGGUGGUAGAGUAGUACUUCGUAAAACCACAAUGUACUGGAUGGAGACAGCAAAAUGGGUGGCAACAAAAGCCAGCUCACCAUUUUUCUAGCCUGACGUCCUCUUGACAUUCACUGCAAUCUAUGCAAUAUUAAACAUAGUAAUUUCUCGAUGCAAAUAUUUAUCUAUAGGAUACAGAUUCUUCACAGAUUAGCAGACUAAAGGUUACUUGGGGUUGCUAUCAAAGGCCCUCUGUGUUUUAUCCAGGUAAAUACUUUCCCCCAAAUUGCAUUGCCUCAGCUUUGUAUGGAUAACUAAUAUCAUAGAGACAUGGCCAUGUGAUUUAGUUCUACUGGCAAUUGCAUCAUGAGAAUGUGUGAAGUGGGUCUAAGAAUAUUAUAAAUUUCUUCUUGCUUUUUAUGUUUCAGCAUAAUUUAAAUCUGGCCUAUUACUUCAGGCACAAUUUGUAACAUCAUGAUGACAAUUAAGGUACUUGACUGAAAAAUGAAACUUGAAUAUUGCAUGUGUUUAAUUGUGGAGGUUUUUCAGUAUCCUUUGGAAAGGAAUUAGCAUAUCUUGCACCAUUAUUAUUUGCUUACCAAAAAUAAAGGUCACUACUUACUCA